AUGGGAGGGUCGCAGUCCCUGCAGCCAGUCCCAGCCGGCGACCCGAACCUGGAGGCUUCCGAGGCAAUGAGUUCUGACUCUGAAGAAGCAUUUGAGACCCCCGAGUCAACGACUCCUGUCAAAGCUCCACCAGCCCCUCCCCCGCCGCCCCCUGAAGUCACUCCAGAACCUGAGGUCAGCGUGCAGCCCCCCCUGGAAGACCCAGGCUGCGGUUCCGAGCCGGCCUCUGUCCCCGAUGGCCCACGCAGCAGCUCAGUGGAAGGGAGCCCCUUCCGCCCCCCGUCACACUCCUUCUCUGCCGUCUUUGAUGAAGACAAGCCUAUAGCCAGCAGCGGGACUUACAACUUAGACUUUGACAGCAUCGAGCUGGUGGACGACUUCCAGACCUUGGAGCCCCGCUGCACAGACUCUAAGAGUCAGGAAUGCAAAGUGAACACGCGGAGGAAAUCCACCGAUUCUGUGCCCGUCUCCAAGUCCACGCUGUCCCGCUCUCUCAGCCUGCAAGCCAGUGACUUUGAUGGUGCUUCUUGCUCAGGCAACCCUGAGGCCGUGGCCCUGGCCCCAGAUGCAUAUAGCACGGGUUCAAGCAGUGCUUCCAGCACCCUUAAGCGAACUAAAAAGCCAAGGCCGCCUUCCUUAAAAAAGAAGCAGACCACGAAGAAACCCACCGAAACCCCCCCAGUGAAAGAGACACAACAGGAGCCAGUGGAGGAGAAUCCUGUCCCCAGUGAGGAGAAUCGAGCACUAGAGACGAAACCGGAAUUGGCCAAGACGGAGGGUUCUGUCCCAGCCCUCUUGGAGGAGACGUCCCUGGAACCCACUGCUGUGCCCAAGGCCGCCUGCCCUCUGGACCCCGAGGGUGCCGAAGGGGCCGUCCCCCCAUCUUCUGGAAGUGGCAGAGUGCAGAACUCACCUCCGGUUGGAAGGAAAACGUUGCCCCUCACCACGGCUCUGGAAGCAGUGGAGGUGACCCCAUCAGAUAGCGGGGGGCAGGAGGACUCCCCAGUCAAAGGGCUCUCGGUGAGGCUGGAGUUUGACUAUUCUGAGGACAAGGGUAGUUGGGAUACCCAACAGGAAAACCCUCCUCCUACCAAAAAGCUAGGCAAAAAGCCGGUUGCCAAAAUGCCCCUAAGGAGGCCAAAGAUGAAAAAAACACCCGAGAAACUCGACAACACUCCUGCCUCGCCUACCAGAUCCCCCGAUGAACCCAACGACAUCCCUAUCGCCAAAGGAACCUACACCUUUGAUAUUGACAAGUGGGAUGACCCCAAUUUUAACCCUUUUUCUUCCACCUCAAAAAUGCAAGAAUCUCCCACACUGCCCCAGCAGUCCUACAACUUUGACCCAGACGCCUGUGACGAAUCCAUUGACCCUUUUAAGACGUCCUCUAAAACCCCCAGCUCGCCUUCUAAAUCCCCAGCCUCCUUUGAGAUCCCAGCCAGUGCCAUCGAAGCCAAUGGAGCGGACGGGGAUGGACUGAACAAGCCCGCCAAGAAGAAGAAGACCCCCUUAAAGACUGACACAUUUAGGGUGAAAAGGUCGCCAAAACGGUCUCCUCUCUCUGAUCCACCUUCUCAGGACCCCACGCCAGCGGCGACACCAGAAACGCCGGUCAUCUCCGCGGUGGUCCACGCCACCGAUGAGGAGAAGCUGGCGGUCACCAACCAGAAGUGGACGUGUGUGACGGUGGAUCUGGAGGCUGACAAGCAGGACUACCCACAGCCCUCGGACCUGUCUACCUUCGUCAGUGACACCAAAUUCAGCUCGCCCACAGAGGAGUUGGAUUACAGAAACUCCUAUGAAAUUGAAUAUAUGGAGAAGAUUGGCUCCUCCUUACCUCAGGAUGAUGACGCCCCGAAGAAGCAGGCCCUGUACCUUAUGUUUGACACGUCUCAGGAGAGCCCGGUCAAGUCUCCCCCCGUCCGGACGUCAGAGUCCCCGACGCCUUGUUCAGGGUCAAGUUUUGAGGAAACUGAAGCCCUUGUAAACGCAGGGGCAAAGAUCCAGCAUCCUGUCCCACGAGGACUGGCACCCAGCCAAGAGCCACACUUGCAGGUGCCAGAGAAAUCCUCCCAGAAGGAGCUGGAGGCCAUGACCUUGGGCACUGCUUCAGACACGAUUGAAAUUACAGCUCCUGAGGGCUCCUUUGCCUCUGCUGACGCCCUCCUCAGCAGGCUAGCUCAUCCAGCCUCUCUCUGUGGUGCGCUUGACUAUCUGGAACCCGACUUAGCAGAAAAGAACCCCCCAGUAUUUGCCCAGAAACUUCAGGAGGAGUUAGAGUUUGCUGUCAUGCGGAUAGAAGCUCUGAAGCUAGCCAGGCAGAUUGCCCUGGCUUCCCGUAGCCGCCAGGACACCAAGAGAGAAGCUGCUCACCCAACAGAUGUCUCCAUCUCCAAAACAGCCUUGUACUCCCGCAUCGGGACCAGUGAGGUGGAGAAGCCCGCAGGCCUUCUGUUCCAGCAGCCCGACCUGGACUCCGCACUCCGGAUUGCUCGAGCAGAGAUCAUAACCAAGGAGAGAGAAGUCUCAGAGUGGAAGGACAAAUACGAAGAAAGCAGGCGGGAAGUGAUGGAAAUGAGGAAAAUAGUGGCAGAGUAUGAGAAGACCAUCGCUCAGAUGAUAGAGGAUGAGCAGAGGGAGAAGUCCGUCUCCCACCAGACUGUCCAGCAGCUGGUCCUGGAGAAGGAGCAAGCUCUGUCCGACCUGAACUCUGUGGAGAAGUCUCUGGCCGACCUCUUCAGGAGAUACGAGAAGAUGAAGGAGGUCCUUGAGGGUUUCCGCAAGAAUGAGGAGGUGCUGAAGAAGUGUGCCCAGGAGUACCUGUCCCGCGUGAAGAAGGAAGAGCAGAGGUACCAGGCCCUGAAGGUGCACGCGGAGGAGAAGCUGGACAGGGCCAACGCCGAGAUCGCGCAGGUCCGAGGCAAGGCCCAGCAGGAGCAGGCUGCCUACCAGGCCAGUCUGCGGAAGGAGCAGCUUCGUGUGGACGCGUUGGAGAGGACGCUGGAGCAGAAGAAUAAAGAGAUAGAGGAACUCACCAAGAUUUGUGAUGAACUGAUUGCCAAAAUGGGGAAAAGCUAACUUUGAACCAAAUGUUUGGACUUGACCCUUGCGUGCAAUAUGACCGUCGGCUCCCUGCUGUCCCUCCGGUUACGUCGGACAGGCUCUGUCUUCACUUUUUCGUAUGCACUACUGUAUUUCCUUUCUAAAUAACGUUGAUUUGAUUGUAUGCAGUACUAAGGAGACUAUCAGAAUUUCUUGCUAUUGGUUUGCAUUUUCUUAGUAUAAAUUCAUAGCAAGUUGACCUCAGAGUUCCUGUAUCAGGGAGAUUGUCUGAUUCUCUAAUAAAAGACAAGUCGCUGACCUUGGCCUUGCCCUUUGUACAUGAGUUCCCAGGGUGAGUGUCUUUUGGAUUUAACAUGAACAUGUACAGCUUACACAGGGACUCUUGCCUUAAGGAGUGUAAACUUGAUCUGCAUUUGCUGAUUUGUUUUAAAAAAAAAUGCAUGUUUCGAAUAAAAUUCUCUAUUGUAAAUAAAUUUUUUUUUUCUUUGGAUCUUGGCAAUA